AUGAGUGAACUGACGGGCUGCAAACAGUCCGCUGACUCUGCAUCGAGGAAACGGUGUGCAUCACCCGACCACGAUGAAGGCAGCACGAUCCCCAGCAAGUCCACAAAAGUAGCCGACGCAUCAGACGAAGCGGGGGUCACUUCGGAAAGUUGCAGAAACAGUGAAGCCGAGAGUAAAGAAAUAGCCGGGAGCGAGGGCCAAUCAAAAGAUUGUGAGGGAAAACCAGCUGCCGUGCAAGCGGAUCAGGGUUCAGACAGCACGGAGGGCACCAGUGCACUGCCUGUUAACAACUCCAAUGUUGAUGGUCACGACGCCAGCAACACAGAGAAGCCACAGUCCUCGGAUGCACGUGGAUCUGCCGACGCAAAGGAAGGUACUGCGAAGACAGCAGGGACAAAGCAGCGUCCCUCGGCGUCCCUGGACCAGACCGACUCAGCAGCCAUCGCAGCUGCCGAAGCACUUGCCAGUCUCACUGGAGGAGACGGAGAAGACAGUCAAGAGACUCCUUGUUCAUCCGAAAAGGCGAAACAGGUGAAACAGGGGAGCAAGUUCAAACAACGUGGGAGCCACCACUCCUCAAGAACGGGCUCUAAAACGCAGGCAGCUGCUGCAGACAGCUCCACAUCUGUGCACAGCACUGACAGAGAAGAUGCAGAUGAGAUGCCAGAAGCGGAUGAUGGUGAUGAAUCUAUAUCUGGAUCUUCCUCCACUCCAAGCUCUUCUUUCCCUUCAGACAAUGAGGACAAUGAUGAUGGGGAGUGUGCCAUUGUGUCGGUCAAGAUGGCCCCAGAGAUGAGACAGUCAGUGGCUCUCCUGGCGCAGGUACAGAUGAGACUGGAAGCUCUUGAGAAGAAAAGCGCCCGACUUCACCAACGGCUGGAGCUGAAGAUCAGUCGUCAGCGGCGUCCACAUCUGGAUCAGCGCAGCUCCAUCACAAAAACCAUCCCUGGCUUCUGGCUGUUGAACCAUCCUCAUCUCUCGGCUCACAUUGACGAGACCGAUGAAGACGCUCUUAGUUACAUGACUGAUCUUGAGAUCGAGUCCUUCAAGAACAAUAAACUGGGCUACAGGAUCCGCUUCCACUUCAGACGGAACCCGUAUUUCCAGAACAACAUCAUCAUGAAGGAGCUUCACCUCGGGAUGGGAGGAUCUCCCAUGUCGUUCUCCAACCCCAUCCUGUGGCAGCGUGGACAGAACCUGACGGCCCACAGCGAACCCAGGAAGUCGUCGCGUGGAGUCUACCAGACCUUUUUCAGCUGGUUCAGUGACCACAGCAACCCAGGGCAAGAUGAUGUAGCACAGAUCCUUAAGGACGACCUGUACAGAGACCCUCUGAGAUACUACCUUACUCCACUAUGGGAACCGAGGGAGAACGGCAGGUAA